CUACCAACUCGAAUCCUUUGCACGACAAGGUAACAUCAUGGUUGCUGACGACAAGAACGCUCUGGCUGCUGCUUUGGAUCUCCCUCCGUCCUACGAUCAUGCCGUCACACCUGGUCCCAGUGAAGGCAGUUCCAGCGCGCCUUCCGCUCCUCGUGCACCGCCCAAGGAAUCCCUCGUCUUCUUUCAAGCUCCAGAACAUGCAGAGCCUCUUUUCGGACAACGAACCACUCCUGAGGACAUCUUGGCGGAUAUAAAGUUCACAAUGAAGGGAAAGCACCUGGUCACUUGCGAUGCAAGGUUACAGAAUCCCAAUGUCCUGUAUGAUUGGAUCCGUUACCGGGCGCUUCAGCAGCCCAACAUGGUCUUGCACUGCUCUGGUAGACAUUAUGAAGUGCCUGAACGCGAUGAGACGGUCACGGAUCGCGAUGGCGUGAGGUCUCGCCGCAAGGGACAGCCAGAACAGAUUGUCGACUUUGACUUUACAGUUGAUCUAGGCUCGGUGUACAAACAUCCAGACAACACUGCUAACAUCCACAUCGACACCGUCAGAUCGGAUCGACCGACGGCGCGGGGAACACAUGAAUUGACCUAUGCUGCUUCCUAUUCUCAAGUGGGGCACAGGGAUCUUUAUGCACCGCUGUUGGGUCCCGUGGAUGCUGGUGCCGUUGCCGACUCUUCCUACAUCUCCAUCUGUAAGGAAUGGGUGCCGUGGCGAUUGUUCCGAGGUCUUCCGCCUUGGAAAAGGAUGGAAGACACAGUCGAAUUCUGGGAACAGCGAGGAAAAGGCAAGCACACGGCGAGGAUUGCCCUACGAGACGAUGGGUUCGACCCUGAAGCGGAUACUCGACUCGAUGGUGAUGACACUCGUGCCACUUUGAAGCAGUGGUGCGAAAAAUACACAUCCGAUCCCUCUUGGCUCAAGUCUUUCGUCGUCCCUAUCUGGCUAUGGGGAUGGAACCUGGAGGCGCUGCAGACGGCUAUUGAGGGCGCCAUCAAGUCUACGGGAUACAACUCGAACGAUGUCAAAGUUCAGUUUGAGCUAGAACAAAUCGUCAUCGAGGUACAUCCUCCCAAUCUCCUUAGUCGAGCGGUAAACACUACAUGGGUCUACGUGCUUCUCUGGAUGACCCUGCUAUACCCUCUCGUCUGGAUCUGGCAACGCAUGCACACUCUCGGCGGAGGUCCAUACCAGGUCUCGUCGAUCAAUUACGGCCUCAAAUUCUACCCGCCUCUACCAUCGACGUUCCCUUCAGAGACUAUUGAAGCUGCUCAGGACAGACUCGGUGGCAUGUACAAGCUACACAGUGAACUUCCCAAGCCCGCUCAAUUGGCCUACGGACCGCUCGGUGUUCAUUAUCUCCUUGGACGUAAGGAAGGCGAAUGGUUCCGGGAAUGGGAAGAGAGAAUCCGAAUGGGCGUGAGAAUGAGGUACAGAGGUGCUCUAGAGGGUGGCGGAGAGGAGGAAGCCGGCGCUGGGUUGGAUGGAUAUUGAGCUGUAGAUUUCGUCGUAACCCUUGCCGCCACUUUCCGGCACGUUCCGUAGGAAAAUGAUUCCUAUUUUUUUCGGCAUGAAAAAUCCCA